AUGCAAGCAUUCUCACGCGUCGUUCCAAAGGUGCGCGAAUGUUUUUCAUGGGAUGAGUUUAAGAACCAUCAAAUAGAAGAGCAUAACUACGCUAUCGAGACGCUUGUCGCUGGCGAUUCCCUCAAAGCGGAGAUUGAAGAAUCGGCGCUCCUUUAUGAGGGCCUUCAAGAUUAUGAUUAUAUGGGCGGCUGGGGAGGUGGAUUCCGUAGAGGCUUUGGCCGGCGGAAUCCGCAGCACAAGACUAUCAUCGACGAUGGGGACGAAACUUGGCUGCAACGAGUGCGAAUCAACUCAAGGGCAGUCAUGAUGUAUCUCGGUCGCCAAAGUCCAGCUGGGAAGAAAUGGAAUGGCCGCCCUCAUGUUUUCCGUCGACCUUUCCGUUAUCUGAUACACUUCCAUGAUCAGAUGAAAGAGGCACUGGCUGAACUGGAAGAAUCGGCUUCAAAUGCGGAUGUAAAGCCUGUUAAUGGCCAGCCCGCUCAAGAGCCAAAUCUAGAAAAGGGCAAAGAAAAGUCCGAAGCAGAUACCCUUGGGAUUGACACCCUCUUCAAUGAUGCCGAUACUAUCACCGAGAUGAAGCUCUAUGUGAAAUUCAUCGAUGAGCAGGUGAUGCCAGAAUACCAGCGCUUCCAAGAUCAAGACAUGAGCACUGCUCCUACCAAGAUCAGAUGGGAUCUUCUUUGGUACCUUUUCAAACCUGGAGACCUGGUUUAUUUUGGAGAUGGCACGAUGGAGUCAACAUCAGCACCGUCCAACCACAAUACGAGGGGAUCACAUACCGACCAAAUGGUAUGGAGAAUAUAUCGAGCUCCAUUCAAGCAGUCAAUUAUUGACGGCUGUACCUGCGAAACUUGCAUGAAAAUGGAGUCCACUUGGUCAAUAUCCUGCUAUCACAUCGAUUAUGAUGGCCAGAACUAUCGCGCAGUUGGGCGUACUAUCGAGAUUCCUUCUUUCGAAGGUGAACGCGAGAUUACUCAGCUUCCCUGCUAUCCUAUGAGAUAUGUGCAGCAGAAAGACGAAAUAAUGGAGAGGGGGAGACAGUACGGAAGCAAGUUCAUUCAACACAUUGAUCCGGCCAAGAGAUACAGUUUCUACCGGGGUUGGACUCUUAUUAAGACACCACUUGGUCAAUCUGUCGAAGAUAAGAAUGGUAGAGUCAUGACAAGCCCAGAACAUAUUGAGAGUGAGAUUCUGGUGGAUUUUGAAGAGGCCUUCAACACAGACCCCUCCUGGAAACCCGAGAUUCUGGCAGUCGACCCGUCUACUUACAGAGUUGUGAUAUCUGUUGACAAUGAGAGCCCAUUGCAGGAAUGGCACGAUAGCAAGCGCACGAACCUUAAAGACGCAUGGGAGGACAAAGUCAUCACUGAGGACGGUGUCGAUAUACUCCAGAUGAACAAAUUUAUCGAGACAGAUUUGUUGCUGAGGAAGAAAAAGGACAACGAGAAUGAGAUUGGUGAAUUGGAGGGUGAUAAUCUGGCUCUUUUGCCCAGGCGACUCUUUGCGUAUGCUCUUUGGGAACGCAAGUUUGUGCAAGUCGACGUCCGAGAUGUGUCAUUCCCCGAGCUCAAAGACAAAGACCGAGCUUUUGAUAGCCUUCAAAUCUCCACAGAGCACAAGACUCUCAUCCAGUCUCUGGUCUACUCUCAUUUCAAGAAGAGAGUGAAUGAAAGCAGCGUUGAGAUUGCAACCCAAGAUCUCAUCCGCGGCAAAGGCAAAGGCAUCGUGAUUCUGCUUUUUGGUGUGCCCGGAGUUGGUAAAACGGCCACUGCUGAAGCGGUCGCACAAAAGUUCGAGAAGCCUUUGUUCCCCAUCACAUGUGGAGACUUGGGAUUUACACCUGAAAGUGUAGAAAGCUCUUUGAGCGAGAUAUUCCGCUUGGCUCACCUGUGGGACUGUGUCCUUUUGCUGGAUGAGGCGGACGUCUUCAUUACACAGAGAGAUAGGAAGGAUUUGGAAAGAAAUGCUCUUGUUUCCGUCUUUUUGCGAAUGCUCGAGUACUAUAAUGGUAUUCUCUUCCUCACCACCAACCGACCCGGUGUUCUUGAUGAAGCAGUGAAAUCGCGAGUACAUCUGAACCUUCAUUAUAAUUUCCUCACUGAAGAGCAAGUUGUCGCCAUUUUCAAGCUUAACAUUGUGCGACUCAAAGAGAUCGAAGAGCAAGCCGCCAAAGCACCCAGGCACAAUAAACUAUAUAUCGAUGAAGCGGAUAUCAUUGCUUUUGCUAGCGAACAUUGGAGAAACCACACCGACGGUAUUGGACGUUGGAACGGACGACAGAUACGCAACGCUUUUCUCAUCGCAGCGUCAUUGGCCCAUUAUGAGGGAGACAUGAGUGAGCGCCCCGAGGGGCUGCAAAAGCAGCUCACCUCAAAGCACUUCAAGAAGGUCGAGGAAACCACUAGACGGUACGACGAGUAUCGUGUGGCGUGCCUUGGAGACACUGAUAGCUAUCUUGCGCACGACCGAUAUGAGAGG